AUGGAGACCGCUGAAAAUGAGCAACGAGAACCAAUCCUUAUCUUCAUCCACGGUGGUGGUUUCACCCACGGAGGUCGGAGAGAACCUCUAAUUGCUGAUGAUGUAGUGUAUAGGGGGCUCGGCUAUUUUGGAGCUCGAGAGCUAGGCUAUACGACCGUCGUCAUGGACUAUCGACUCCUACAGCACGGAGCCAGCUUUGACAGUGGCGGAGAAGACCUGGACCUAGUUAUCAAGUGGAUCGAAUCAAGUCUCUGUGGCAGCGACGACAACGACGACAACGCCCGUGAUCUGGUCAUUAUCGGCAAUUCCGCCGGUGGCGUGCAUCUGAUGUCAUGGCCUUUUGAUGAUGCAUUUACGGCGACGAGGUCCAGAUUGAUGCAUGCCGGGGCUCACCUGCGGUUGAAAACGGCGGUGAUUUUGAGUGCCACCAUGCUCUUAGAUCCUACGAUUUCGGCCAUGCAAGAUUCUCUGUUGAGAUACUUUGGCGACGAACAGCGAGUCAUCUUAAACUCCCCUCUGAAUUUGAUGAAUCUUGCCGCCGUAUGCGGCAAUGACGGUGGUCCUGUUGUUGGCGGCGUUCCUCUCACGUCCUGGCCUCCGUUGCUGUUUCAUCACAACAGAGUACGACCCUCCAUUUGUGGCCGACACGGGUCUAAGAUUCGUAAAGGAAUGGGUUGA